UCUAUCAUUUUUUCAUCUCUCUCUCUCUCUCUCUCUCUCUCUCUCUCUCUGUGAAUUCUUGUGAGAAUGCCCACACAAGUAAAUAGGCGAGUGAAUGUUCACUCAAAACUAACGGUGGUAUCCAGUAGGCCAAGCGGGCCGGGUAAGACCGACCCGUUUACCGCAAUGGACCACGCCAUGGGUCUGCACACCCUCCACGUCGUCUUCUACUACAGAACCAACCCCUUCUUCGACUCGGACCUCACAAAUCUAAGGGUCUCGCUGGCGGAGCUCCUGUGCUUGUACCCGCGGGUCACGGGUCGGUUGGCCAGAGGUAAGGACGGUAACUGGGUGGUGAAAUGCAACGAUGCUGGAGUCAGAAUGUUGAGGGCUAAGGUGAAGACCACACUUGAUGAGUGGCUGAGAUCUGCUGAUGAGUGUGAGGAGAGAGAUCUGACGGUCUGGGAGGACAUGCCCGAUGAUCCAAGUAUAUGGUCACCCUUCUACAUCCAGAUGAAUGAUUUUGAAGGAGGGGGACUAGCAAUUGGACUGAGCUGCACUCACAUGCAUGCAGAUCCAACGUCUGUCACCAUGCUUCUCAAAUCAUGGACUGAGCUUCACAGAGGCCACCCCAUCUCUCACCCUCCAAUCUUCCACCUCCCUCCACUCCAUCUCCAUGACAAAUCUUCUCCAAACACAAACUCAAAAUACUAUGCAACCAAGUCCAAAACUGAAACUCCUGCUGUGAAAAUGGCUACAAUUACAUUUAAAUUUUCAAACUCCGUGAUCAAACAAUGCCUAUCCAAAGUCCAUGAUAAGUGCCCUAAUGCCACUCCUUUUGAUGUCCUAGCAGCAAUGUUUUGGACACGGAUUGCAAGAUUGAAGUCACCUCCACAUAACAACCAGACACAAACUCUCUCUAUAUGUAUUGACUUUAGGACACUCAAGCCUGCGCCUGUCCCUUUUGGGUAUUUUGGCAAUGCAUUUCAUUUCUCCCAACUAUCAUUAGACUCCGAGGUAGUGAAUAAUGGUGGGUUAGGAGAGGUUGUGGGAAUAGUGCACCACCACGCAGCUGGGCUGAAGGAAGAGGAGUUUUGGUCGGAUAUAGAUUGGUUUGAAAAUAGGAAAGGAGAGACUGGGAAGUAUGCACCGCCUUUUAGGAUGUAUGGUCCUGAACUAACUUGUGUUAGCUUGGAAUUUGAACACAUGAACAAUACUUGCCAGAAGCCAUUGAUGUAUGAAGCCAUGUUCAAGGAUGAUGAGAAGCCAGUUCACGUGUCGUAUCGCGUUGGAAAUGUGGAAGGUGAAG